AUGGAUGGGUUUGGGAAAUAUGAUUGGUCAACGUACAUAAUCAAGAACCUGUGGAAGGAAAUGGGAGACUUUGUGAAGAUGACAAAGAAGAAGAAGAAAGGAACCUGCAAUGUUGGAGGGUGUCUUUAUUUGCUGCUGCUGUAUUUUGCUGAGCGUUUCCCGCUGGGAUUGUCUGUUGACCGGGGUUCAACAAGCACCAUUGAAUAUUGGACCGAGGAGAAGAUAAAGGAGAGGGUGGAGAAAGAGAGAGGUAGCAGCAUGGGAAUAUUGCAUGGAAGCAGUGGCAGCGAGGUUUACUCAGCAGGACAUGAGGACAGUCCAAUUCUGCAGUCUUUAGAUCCGGCAUUGAAGGAGUUGAGGGCUCGUUUUGUCAAGAAGCUUGAAGAAAGCCAGAGGACGUUAAUGAAGGCUCUUGAUGAUGAGCUACUCAAACUGCAGAUUGGAUUGAACACCAAAGUUAAGGGGAUGGGGAAUGAGAAUGCCACUGCUAAAGAAGGGGUUGAAACAGUUGGUGAUGCAGUUGGUAACGAUGCUGAAGAAGCUGAUGAUGUUGACCGAGUGGUGAAGGAGAUUGCAAGAGAGGUUGCAGCGGGAAGUGUAGAUGAGGAAUUUGAUGAGGAUGAAACCAGCAAAGGAGAUGAUGAGAAGGAUGAGGAUGAGGAUGAGGAUGAGGAUGAAGAACAGCAUGACCUUUAUGAUAGGGAAGUCAGUGAUGAUUACAUGGUUGAGGAGGUGGAAGAAGAGGGUGACCGUGAUGGUCAUGGAGGUGAUGAUGAUGACGAUGAGGAUGAGGAGGAAGAUGACCAUGAUGACAAGGAAGGAGGUCAUGUGGAAGAUGAUGAUAAGGAGGUUCGGGAUUCAGAUGAUGAGGGUGAGGAAGAUACACAUGUACUGACAAUGACCCCUACCAAUGUUCCUUUGCUGUUGGAUCGCGAAUGGGUGAACAGUGACAGUGGGGAGGAAGGAGGGCUUGAAAAAUCGAUUGACGUUAGGAGGUCAACAAGGGCAAAGAGUUUCACAAUUAAAUCUUCGUGGAUAGAAUUCAAGGCAGCUCCAAGGACAAAGAGGCCAAAGGAGGAAAGGGACAUCUUUUUCAUUUUAAUAUCCCGUAGACCCAAGGGAGAGGAAGAGGGGAAUAUGAUUGUCAUCAAAAUGUGUGAUGAAGAUAUAGACUGA